GACAACUCACACGUGCAAACAACGUUGAUCGUGAGUCCAACAAGACCAAGAGAAAAAGCACUGGUCAUUCAGUUGCUCUUUGAACAUAAAACCGUAAAUAAAGUUUUUAAUUCGCUUCUGAUUUGGUUUAAAUAGCCAUAGAAGGAAUAAUUGUCGGUUCGAACGUAUUAACAGUGAUAAAAAUAUAAUCAAUUUAAAAACUCCAUUACCUGUAAAAUUAUUACGUGCAUUAUAAAACGAACGCUUGUGGACAUCCAUUAACCAGGUCAACGUAAUCCAAGUAUUAUAUCAGAGUUUGCAACUCUGCGCUCCAGGGAAAUGAGAAAGUAACCUUGGCCUUAUGCGACAAAAAAAUAAUAUGGCACAGCUGACAUAAUUUUUAUAAAUGUUGCAAAAUUAUUGAAAGCAAUUAAGUUACAUGUGCUAUCAAAUUUUUUGAACCAAUCAAGUUAAAUCAUGAACAGUAAAUGAAAACAGAAAAAUGGUACACGCGGGUACUGUACUAAUACAUGCCAUUAAAUUGGCUACUAAACUAGCUGCCGGUGGGAAAUUAUUAUUUUUACCGACAUUUUUAGCAGCUUUAGCAUAUUAUAACUACGAUCUAUACGAUCCGGAGAACAAUUUGAUUGAUGAAAAGACCCUUAGAACUGAGUAUGACUUUAUUGUUGUUGGUGGAGGUUCAGCGGGUUCCGUCGUAGCAAACCGUUUGUCUGCUAACCCUGAAUGGAAUGUGCUUCUUCUAGAAGCUGGUGGACAAGAAACUGAGUUAACUGACGUACCAGUCUUAUCGUUAUAUUUACAUGGCAGUAAAUUCGAUUGGAAGUAUAAAACCCAACCAGCGGAUUCAGCAUGUCAAGCUAUGAAAGGUAAAAGGUGUUGUUGGACCCGAGGUAAAGUCAUUGGAGGCUCAAGUGUUCUCAACACUAUGUUGUACGUACGAGGUAACAGAAGAGAUUUCGACAACUGGGCGGCAAUGGGAAAUCCAGGUUGGUCGUUUGAAGAAGUAUUGCCGUAUUUUAAAAAGUCUCAAGAUCAGCGAAAUCCGUAUUUAGCCAAAAAUACUAGAUAUCACGGCACUGGAGGAUAUUUAACUGUUCAAGACUCUCCUUGGAAUACUCCUCUUGGACUUGCAUUUUUACAAGCUGGAGAAGAAAUGGGUUAUGAAAUAAGAGAUAUUAACAGUGAGAUCCAAACAGGUUACAGUCUUUUUCAAUUUACUAUGCGUAGAGGCUACCGGUGCAGUACUGCUAAAGCUUUUUUACGACCUAUCAGACUUAGAAGAAACUUACACGUGGCACUAUGGUCACAUGUUACUCGGGUACUAAUCGAUCCCGAAAGUAAGAGAGCAUAUGGCGUAGAGUUCGUGCGAGGUGGUAAAAAAAAGACAGUUUUAGCUAGCAGGGAAGUUAUAUUGUCAGCUGGCGCUAUCAACACACCGCAACUAUUGAUGCUUUCCGGUAUUGGACCAGAAGAUCAUCUCAGAAGUCUUGACAUACCCGUAAUUCAUCAUUCACCUGGUGUUGGCGAGAACCUCAUGGAUCACCCAGCGGUGGGAGGCAUAGUAUUUAAAAUUGAUUAUCCGGUCAGUUUAGUUAUGAAUCGAGUAGUCAAUAUUCCAGCUGCGUUAAGGUAUGCAGUGUUAGGUUCGGGACCGUUGACGUCAUCUAUAGGUUUAGAAUCAGUGGCUUUCAUAUCAACAAAAUAUGCUAAUCAGACAGACGAUUGGCCUGACAUUGAGUUUAUGUUAACAUCUACUUCUACUAAUUCGGAUGGUGGCACAGCUGCCAAAAAGGCUCAUUGUCUAAGUGAUAACUUCUACGAUGAAUAUUUAAGUGAACUAAACAGCAAAGAUGUUUUUGGAGUAUUUCCUAUGUUAUUGAGACCCAAAAGUAGAGGCCGCAUACUAUUACGUAGCAAAAGUCCUAAUCAAUAUCCUUUACUUUACCAUAACUAUUUUUCGGAUGUAGAAGACUUGAGAGUACUUCGAGAAGGAGUUAAGGCAGCCGUAGCAAUUGGCGAGACACAGGCAAUGAAACGAUUUGGAGCUAGGUUUCAUGCUAAACCAGUACCCGGUUGUAAACACCUCGAGCAAUUUACUGAUGAAUAUUGGGAAUGUGUGGUACGACAGUAUACUCUAACUAUUUAUCACAUGUCCGGUACCGCAAAAAUGGGCCCAAUCUCCGAUCCAUUAGCUGUAGUUGAUCCUAAACUCAGAGUAUAUGGUAUACAAGGUCUCCGGGUAAUCGAUGCUAGUAUAAUGCCACAAGUCACAAAUGGAAAUAUCAAUGCUCCAGUAAUCAUGAUAGGCGAAAAAGGCUCAGAUAUGAUAGUAAAUUAUUGGAAAGGCUAUGACACUAAAAGAAGGCGACGAAGAAGUGCAACAAACAUCACCUUAAAUUAGAGUUUUUAUGAAAUCCGAGUUACUAGGGAAUAUUACAACAAUAUUGUAUAUAUUGUAUAUAAAUAAUAUUUAUAUUAUCGUCAGAUAAGAGCUAAUUUGCAAUAAUCGUGUCUAGAACUUCUUGCAACACUUAUUUUGUUACAUUUUACCUUAAUGCAAUUUAAUAGAUGUUGAUAAAGGUGAACAGUUUCCAUUUCUUUUAUUUUUAGUACAGUACACUGUAAUCAAUAGAAACGAAAUAAUGACAAAUAGAAUUAAUAUAAAACCUUGUAUUCAAGAUUUUUUAGCCAAUGAUUCCUUUAAUCAGUGACAAAAUAAUCUUUGGUGAAAAUAGAAUAAACAUUUUGGGAGACAAAUGAUAUAUUUUAAUAUUUUUUCCUCUCCUUAAAAUAAGUUUAUUUAUAAUUAUAUAUGUUUUUAUUUUUGAAAAUAAUGAAUUAUUAGGAGUCUAAAUGCUUCCAAAGCCGCAACUAAAUUUUUAAUUUUACUAACUGCAGUUAGU